AUGUCCCUGCGUGCUGCCGCAGGUGCCGUGCUCAGGGCGGCCGCCCGCCCCGCCGCUGCCCGUGCCGCCGUCGCCGUCCGCGCAGUGCACGCCUCGGCCGCGACAAAGGCGUCGGCGUCUCCGUUCACCGAGCCGACGUCGCCGAACAACGCGGCGACCAAGUACGCCGACGCGGGCGCGGCCCUGCACACCUACGGCUCGUACCUCACCCAAUGCCUCCCCAAGCACAUCCAGCAGUUCUCCGUCCUCCGCGACGAGCUCACCCUCUACUGCGCGCCCUCCUCCGUCCUCCAAGUCCUCACCUUCCUCCGCGACCACGGGCGCUGCCAGUACAAACAGCUCAUGGACCUCUCCGGCGCAGACUACCCAGAGCGCGACGAGCGCUUCGAGGUCGUCUACCACCUCCUCAGCGUCAAGCACGCCAGCCGAAUUCGCGUGAAGACCUACGCCAGCGAAGUCACGCCCGUUCCUAGCGCCGUCAGCAUCUUCAGGGGCGCGGACUGGUACGAGCGCGAGGCCUUUGAUCUCUAUGGCAUUUUCUUCCAGGACCAUCCCGACCUCAGGAGGAUCUUGACGGACUACGGCUUCGACGGACAUCCGCUCAGGAAGGAUUUCCCGCUCACGGGCUACACCGAGGUCCGGUACGACGAGGAAAAGAAGAGGGUCGUGUACGAGCCGUUGCAGCUCACUCAGGCCUUCCGUAACUUCGAGUCGCUAUCGCCCUGGGAACAGGUCGGCGACGGCGUCGAGCCUCGCAAGCCCGAUGAGUUCAAGCCCCUGCCGCCUCCUCCUCCGGCUGAAGAGAAGAAGUAA